AUGUCUAGUGACUUUGAGCACGAAGUUGUCACUGCACAAUAUAAAAACAAACCUCAGGGUGGUGGUGAGGCAUCCUUAGGGAAGCAGACGCAGGAGGCAAAUGUGUCAGCUCUGACAGCGUCUAUCGCCAAGCUGCAGCAGGAGAAACAACAGCUGCAGAAAGAGAAGGACGAGCUGCAGACCAAGCUCGCUGCAAAGAUGGCUACUAAAGCUCCUGCUGUGGUGACGUCGGCUCCUAUCGUCUGCCCCAACGACUGGCACCUCUUUAACAACAGCUGUUACUUAAUCUCCAGGAACUCGCGGGAUUGGCCAGAGAGCAAGUCAUUCUGUGAGAGCAAAGGUGCUCACCUGGCCAUCAUCCACACACCUGAGGAGCAGACAUUUCUUUGGAAUCUUCUUCCCAGAGGACACUGGAACUCCUACUGGUUUGGAAUAACUGAUGAAAAAACAGAAGAUGAGUGGAAAUGGGUCGACGGCACUCCGCUGAUCGGAGG